GUCCUAUUAUAAGCCCCAAUUUGUCUUUUCAUAACAAUCAUGCAUCCAUCCUCAAAGAGGCGUAAACGAAAAGUCUUCAUUUCCUUCUUACUUUCUUGAGUUUCUUCUCUCAUUUACUAAAUUAAUCUGAUCCUCCAAACAAUAAAUCGCCCCUUCAACAACCAUUUCAUCAUCAUCCUAAUCAAUCAAACAAACCCGGCCAGCCCCUUCAAUCCAAUAUUCCAUUUCAUCUGUCGAGCUAGCUACUCCAGCUAGCAGCUGCCUAGACUUCUCCCUCGCCGUCAUGUCGUGGCCGGCUGCCGUUUUCCUUUUCGUCGCUCUUGCGGCGGCGAUCCCGUCCGACGGAUCGCCGAUCCACCGAAAACUCGAAGAAGACGGCGUGCCCGGAGAAGAGAACAAGUGUGGAGGGUGCCCUUGCAACGCGCCGUGUUAUAGCCCGCCGUCAGUAUCGCCUCCACCGCCAUCAUCACCUCCGCCGUCUCCGCCGCCGCCGCCGAAGAAACCACCGACCACCUACUGCCCGCCUCCACCCCCGAGCGGAGGUGGGUACGACGCUCCAGCCGUUCUCAGCCCCCCUACACCACCCCAGUACGUGUACGGCACCGGCGGUCCGGGUAAUUUAUAUCCGGUGGAUCAAAGUUUUUCCGGCGCCGGAAAAAGGAGCGGUUUCUCCCGGAGAAUUGCGGUUCUUGUCGGUGGGGGAUUUUUAUUGGGAUUCCUUUCUUUGAGCUGGUGAUCGAUGAUCGUCUUCGUUCAUAAUUAGAUACGAACUUCAUGAUCUUCAAUUCGAUCAUACUUUUAUUUGAAGACAGGAAAGUAAUUAGUGUGCAAAUUUUAUUAUUGUUAUUGUAAUAAUAAUUACAUUUCUUGCUAAUUAGAUUAGAUGGUCUGUUAGUGGUAUAAUCACCAUCAUUAUCUGAUAUUGUAUAAUUUAAUUAUAAUUCUUCAAAUUAAAAUAAACAAACUCUUCUUUUCAAUUAGG